CGCUGCUCAAUCUACUUCCGGAGUUGUGACCUUUUGUUUACGGGUUGUCACGUCAAAAAUAGACCCGCCUAUUAUUUCGCUUGAACCCAUUCCUACGGGCCGAGACGAUUUUGUUGACAUAACAUUCAAAGUAUAAACAAACCGACAAAAUCAUGAUUUGCAACAAAUUGGAUAAUCGUCGACGCCGUGCUUCGGAGAGGGAACGGAGGCGACAACAAGUGAGCUAGCUAGUUAGCCUAGUUAGCUUUCCCAGCCGUCCCCUCAGCAGCUGGCCCGGCGUUCGGAUCGGCAUUGUUGGAGCCACUCCACAACAUUCCCCCCUGCCGAAUAAACUAGAUUAAUCCCACAACAAUGGCCUCCAGCUUUCUCAUUGCGGAUGAGGCGUCCCCGGCGAGCUUGACGGACCUGUGCCUCACCUUCGUGAGCCAGAACCUGGAGUGCCUGUGCGUGAAACGUGCCGACGGUUCUCUAUGCUUCCGGGAGGCCGUGCUCUUUCCCCAGGAGCUUGCAGACCAGCUGCUGGCCAAAAUGGCAACCGAGGGUCUGCUGAAUGACAGCACAGUGGGCGUGUUCCGGAACUGCGAAUACCUGCGUCUGAGGCGUGCGUGCAUCCGCACGGCACGCAUAUCUGCCGAGGCCUUCCAGCGAGCCCUCUGUCCUCACAGGCUGUCAGAGUUGGACGCCGCCCGGGUCAACGCCGACCUCACCAUCCCCGACAUUCUACACGGACUGGCCACCAAUAAAUAUUGUCAGGAGUCCCUCCAGCGACUGGUGCUGACGGGCCUCACCAUGUCCUCCCUGGAGGAGCCGAGCCGGCACGGCUUCAGCACCCUGCAAGGGCUGCGCUCGCUCUCCCUGGCCAACGUGGACUUCUACGACUCGGGUCUGGCCGACGUCUGCUCACUGCCGCGGCUGGAGAGUCUGGAUCUGUCCAACACGUCGGUCACCAACCUGAACCCGCUGCUGGGCCUAAAGGAGAGGUUGCGCUCGCUCACGUUGCACCAGCUGAAGAGGCUGGAGAUGAGCUCCGCGCAGCUGCUGGCUGUCAUUGGUCAGUUGGACGUGUUGCAGCACUUGGAUAUCAGCGAUGACAAGCAGUUCACUUCCGAUGUCGCUCGGCAGCUGCUCGGACAACCCGGGAUACUUCCUGCUCUAGUUUCCUUGGAUGUGUCUGGAAGGAAACAGGUGACAGACGUGGCCGUGAAGGCGUUUGUGGACGAAAGACCCCGAAUGACAUUUGUUGGACUUCUGGCCACAGACGCCGGGUUUUCUGAAUUCCUCUCCGGCGAUGGAAACCUGAAAGUAACGGGCGAAGCCAACGAAACGCAGAUCUGCGAGGCGCUGCGCCGCUACAGCGAGCGGGAGGGCUUUGUGCGAGAGGCGCUCUUCCACCUCUUCAGCCUCACACACGUCAUGGAGAAGCCUCGGCCUGACAUUUUAAAGCUGGUGGUCCUCGGCAUGAAGAACCACCAGGCCACGCUCAACGUCCAGCUGGCAGCCAGCGCCUGCGUCUUCAACCUAACCAAGCAGGACCUGGCGGCAGGGAUGCCGGUCCGCCUGCUCAGCACAGUCACUCAGCUCCUGCUGGAGGCCAUGAGGACGUUCCCCAACCAUCAACAGUUGCAGAAGAACUGCCUGCUGUCUCUCUGCAGCGACCGCAUUUUACAAGAAGUGCCAUUCAACAGGUUUGAGGCUGCCAAACUGGUAAUGCAGUGGCUCUGCAAUCACGAGGACCAGAAUAUGCAGAGGAUGGCUGUGGCUAUCAUUUCCAUACUGGCUGCAAAGUUGUCCACAGAGCAAACAGCUCAGCUGGGUGCAGAGUUGUUCAUAGUCAAGCAACUCCUCCACAUUGUGCGUCAGAAGGCCACUCAAGGCACGGUGGACGCAACUCUCAAAUUCACCCUGAGCGCCCUCUGGAACCUCACCGACGAGUCGCCGACGACUUGCCGCCAUUUUAUUGAGAACCAAGGACUCGACCUGUUCAUUAAAGUUUUAGAGUCCUUCCCUAACGAGUCAUCCAUUCAGCAGAAGGUUCUGGGCCUGUUGAACAACAUAGCUGAGGUAGGCGAGCUGCAUUGCGAGCUGAUGGUCCACACCUUCCUGGACCACAUCAGGAAUCUGCUGCACAGCCCCGAGGUGGAGGUGAGCUACUUCGCCGCCGGCAUCCUGGCGCACCUCACGUCACGGGGAAAGGACGCUUGGACUCUCUGCCCUGAACUCAGGUCGUACCUUUUGGAGCAGUUGCACGACGUCAUCAUGAAGUGGCCUGCACCUGACUGCGAGAUGGUGGCCUACAGGUCGUUCAAUCCCUUCUUUCCCUUGCUGGAGUGCUUCCACACGCCAGGAGUCCAGCUGUGGGCUGCGUGGGCCAUGCAACAUGUCUGCAGCAAGAAUGCCGGGCGUUAUUGCAGUAUGCUGUUGGAGGAAGGCGGCCUGCAGCAGCUGCAGCGGGUGCACGCCAACCCGCAAACGCACCCGGACGUCGGGCAGCUCACGGAAAGCAUCUUGGAAAGCUUGGAACGUCACCGAGCGCGCACAGGCCAGCCCGUCGCCACCCGCCUGCCACCACAUCAAUAAAAUCAACCAGGAUAUUCAACCCCGCAAGCUCGAGUGAGUCUUAUGUCAAAUUGAAUGGACAGAGAAUAUGCAGCUGUUUGCACACAAACCUUCUUUAUGUUACAUACGAAUGUUACAAAUACGACAAAGUCGACAGGAUUUUUGAGCCGGAGCAUGCCGCAAUGAUACUUAAGGUGCUGUAAAAUGAGAACACAAAGAAUAUGGA